AUGGGAAAAGUACACGGAUCUAUGGCUCGUGCUGGUAAAGUUAGAAACCAAGCCCCCAAGGUUGACAAGACAGAGAGAGCAAAGAAGAGAGUUGCUGGUAGAGCAAAGAAGAGACUUCAAUACAAGAAAAGAAUCGUGAACGUUGACCCCAAUGACAAGAGAAAGAAGGGUCCAAACUUCGGAGCUGGAAAGAAAGUCGUUGUUGCUCCAUGA